AUAAAUUCAACCUCCGAAGAACACUUUACAUCAACUAAUAACAAAAAUGUUCGGAACAUUAUCGGAAGAAGCAGAAGUAAAGGUUCCGGCAAUCAAAGCCUGGGCGCUCUACGGCACCCUCGAGCUCGCAAAGGCCGCCGCCGGAAAAAUGCUAGAGGCGGUUGAUGUGGAAGAAGGCGACGGUGGCGCCGGUACCAUUCUCAAGCUUACUUUACUUCCCGGGUUAGGGUUUAAGUAUUACAAAGAGAAGUUUACGAAAGUGGAUAACGAAAAUAAGGUGAAGGAGACUGAAAUAGUGGAGGGAGGAUUUCUUGAUAUCGGAUUUAUUCUUUAUAGGAUUAGGAUCGAGAUCAAGGAGAAUCCAAAAGACGACACUGGUUCAUCGUGUGUGGUGAAGUUAACGCUUGAAUAUGAGGUUAAAGAAGAGGCUGCUGCUAAUGCUUCUCUUGUCACCAAUGCGCCUCUCCUUGCCCUUUUGAGCGUUGGAAGUGAGCAUCUCUUGAAAUCUAAUUGAAGCAAAAAACGUUUGUUCUUGUGGUUUUAUUUAACGUGAUUAUUAAGAAUAUGGGAAAAUGUCAUGUACGUCCUAUGAUUUGAUUUCUCUUUUAGUCCCUAAACUAUUUUGAUGGUUUUAUGAGGGAAUAAACUGUGAAUGUCUUUUUAGUCCCUAUUUUGUAACAUGUUAUUAUCGGGGUG